UGUGUAGCUCGCCGCUCUCCAUAAAUUUUUGAACGGAUUUAUUAUUUUUCCUUCUUUUAAUCGAACGAUAGAAAAAAAUUAUUCGUAAUAUUAAGGAUGGAAUGAGUAUCGUCGCGGAAAUUUUGCAACCAAUAAACCUGCCAAAAAUCGUUGAAAUUUAGGCAACCAGAGUUUUCGGUUGAAGCAAAAUUUGUGGCUGAUGCGUCGAAAUGAGGAGAUUCAGGAGAAAAGUUAAACUGGUGCAUGGCAACGAACUUAAAGUGAGAAGCGUGCAGAGUUGCGUGACAAAAUUAUUAUUGUAUUUUCCUACGAAAUAAAAACUGGCGUCUUCGCAGAAACUAAAUAAAAUUUAAAGACGAAAAAAACUUAGAAAAACGUGGAAAGCAAGUGCUGAAAAACGGAAGGGGCACAGCGAAGAGUUUCCAGAGCGAGAUAGAGAGUGGUCGGGAACUGCGGAGUACUGCGAUAAUCGUUGGGAUCAUGGUGCAACGUUAACGCAACGAGUGAAAAGAGCAACAACAUAGAAUUCGUGGAGGCAAAGAGUGCUCAACUGCGCUGGCCGCGCAGCGCGACAGCCAAGUAAUUCAGCUCGAAACAAUAGUCGUUGUUAUCGACUCUAGCGAGUGACCAGUACAAGGUUCAUGCCCUGAUAAUAUUGUUCUAUGAUUAUCAAGCGUGUAAAUAUCGGAGUAAAAAAGAAGGGACGGUGGAGAGUAUAAAAAAUAGUUGGUUAGGUCGGUGAUAAUUUUCACGAAAUGACGAGAAGAAAACAACGUGAGGAGGGAGUUUCUUAGCUGCACCGUGAAGUACUUGACCCAGAAGUCGCGUUUUACCACCACCAGCAGCACCGCGAGUCCGCGAUCGGCUCGCAGGACUCCGCUCGAGAGAUAACGACGACGCGUCUGCAUCAGUCGCUUCAUAUCGCCACUCGGAGGAGUGUCUCGCAAUCGCAUCACUAAAAAACAAGUAGUUAGGAGAAGUUUAACGGCGCGUGAACGCGAAUGAAAGUGUCGAGAGCGAUCGUCGAGGCUCUUUCGACUAACCGGGGGACCAGCUUAAACGGGAAUGUUUAAGCUGGAGCAUCGAGGAUUCGUCAAAAAAGGGAAAGACUACGGAACCGGAGCCGGGAAGUUGCCUCGCGAAGUGGAAAAAUGAGAGCGAGUUUCCGCACUCGCGAUCGGUAAACUCGCCGCUUAUUCGUCGCGGUUUAUCUCGAGGAGUUCGAAGAUUGUGCUGCCCGGUGUUUCCCAAAUAAUCGGAUUGUCGGAGGAGAGGCCGCGCGAGGAUUCGCCCCUGUCGAGUCGUCGCGUGAGAGCUUUUUAUGAAAACUGCUCGCAGUAAAAUUUAUCUCACUUUCGAACGAUUUCCUCACUCCCACAUACGACACGAUUCACACACGAAACUCUGUAUCGUCCGAUAUUGGAGUGGAAAAAAGGAGAAGAGUCGCUCCGAGCGAUUGCACGGUGCCACACGGCCGCUUCGCGCCGAUAAAGCGAGAAACGUUUGGCAAGUUUGAUUACCGAAGCAUCGGCAUGCUUUAAAACGAUUUUUUUGUUCCCCCCGUUAUUGCGUCGAGAGAGGGAGAAAGCUCGUCGGAAAAUAUUGACCGGAAGUGAGAUGUGCGCCCGCGAGAAUUCCGGGGAGAUUGUCUCCUGGACUUUGUUGUUUUUCAAUAAAGUCGAUGAUUUUUGAAGACUUUUUCUAUAAGGAUUGUCAAUCGGGAUAAAAGACUUUUGAUUAUUGCUCGGUUUAGCUCGUUUUAAAUACAGGGAAAAGUGAAAUUUUAUCAUCCACCAUCCACCGAUCAUGGCUCACUCGAGUACGAAUAAAUUUCAAGAACACACGAAAAACAUUAAACGAUCGACAAACGCCGAGAAUAAAGAAGAGGAAGAAAAUGCUCUUUGCGACGAUGUCGACCUCCAUGGAGCCAUGGACCCUUGUUCCGGACAACCUCCGCCACCUGACGGUGGUUGGGGUUGGUUCGUCGUUUUUGGAUCAUUCAUGAUACACAUUGUCACUGACGGCGUGACUUAUUCGUUCGGUGUCUUUUACUCCGAGUUUCUCGACUACUUCGGUGAGGGGAAAGGAGCAACGGCAUGGAUAGCGUCGAUCCUUGUCGGCGUCACAUUAUGCUCGGGUCCAAUAUCGAGCAUGUUCGUGAACAAAUACGGCUGUCGAAACGUUACGAUCGCCGGCUCGAUACUGGCGAGUAUUUGUCUCCUCGCGAGUGUCUUCGCAUCAAGUGUUUUCGUUUUGUACUUGACGAUCGGUAUCGGAACAGGUUUUGGAUUCGGUCUCAUUUAUUUACCAGCGAUCGUGAGCGUCACCUGUUAUUUCGAAAAGUACCGAUCAUUGGCGACUGGGAUCGCUGUCUGUGGCUCGGGCCUCGGGACUCUCGUGUUCGCCCCGUUCAGCAAAUAUCUCGUCGGUGAAUUCGGAUGGCGUGGAGCCAUGCUCAUCACUUCGGGAAUCGUUCUUAAUUGCAUCAUUUUUGGUGCAUUGUUCAGGCCUCUGGAGCCUGUCAAAAAAGUCGUUUCUGUUCCGAUGAAGGAGCUCUCGAAAAAUGGCAAAGCCCCAGUGACGACGAAAAAUUCGAACGAAAUUACUAUCACAAAUGGUUUUGGUCGACCGCACAGUGUCAGCAACGUAAAUCAUGCGAAAGACCGUCUCUUGAACGGUUAUCAUGAUUCGAACAACGUCAUGAGAGUCGCUCUGAGUCAACCGAUCCUCAUGGGAAAAGGACUCGGGCAUCCUGGCGCAGAUUCUGUCGGAAGAUCCUUUGGCAGUGGGGUGAUGAAUAGGAGAGAUAUUUUUUAUCAAGGCAGCGUGGAGAAUGUUCGCAAACGAUCCGAAUCAUUCGCCUGUAGCGACGAGCAUGUGACCAGACGGAGAGCUUCUUUAAGAAGUCUGCCAAAUGGUGCAAUUCACAAACAAAACGAAAGUACGGAUUGUCAUCCAUGUGCCGAAGAGACCAUGGGGAUUUUCCAUCAGAUGUUGGAGCUGUCACUACUGAAAGAUCCUCUCUUUCUGUUGUUCACACUUUCAAACUUCUGUACUAGCAUCGGAUUCAAUGUACCAUACGUGUAUUUAGUGACUCAAGCGGAGGAGCGUGGUAUAAGCAAAGACGUGUCGAGUUAUUUACUGGCUGUUGUCGGUACCGCGAACACAGUUGGUCGGAUAGUGCUCGGUUACUUGUCAGACAAACCGUGGAUCAAUCGUCUUCUAGUCUACAAUCUUUGUUUGACCCUCUGCGGGCUAUCAACAGUAUUAAGCGCUUUUUGUGGCUCUUUUGCUACUUUCGCGCUUUAUGGAACUGUCUUCGGUUUCACAGCCGGUGCUUACGUCGGACUGACCUCUGUCAUUCUAGUCGAUUUGUUGGGCUUGGACAGGCUCACCAAUGCCUUUGGUCUUCUUUUACUUUUUCAAGGUGUAGCCUCCCUGCUCGGCCCUCCGAUCGCUGGUUGGCUGUACGAUGCGCUACAGUCUUACGAUCCGGGUUUUUUCGUCGCGGGUGGUAUGAUAGGAAUCAGUGGAAUAAUGUUAUUUUUAAUUCCACCGAUACAGAAAAGAUUGCAGAAAAAAGCGGACAGAGAGGACAGACUAAAGAGGAUUUAUGUUAUGUCUUAGCAAAAAAUAAAUAUAGCAAGAUAUUUUUAUUAUUCUGA